AAUUUUUGGGAUACUCCAAAUAGAUUUGAAAAUGGAAAAGAAGCGGCAAUUAAUGCCAUUAAUAAGCUUAAAAUUUACUACAAUAAAACUGAUUCAACUUUAUAUGCAGUUUCUUUAAUUUUAGAUCCACGUCUUAAAGUAGAAUAUAUGAAAGAUAAUGAAUGGGAAACCCAAUGGGUUGAUAGAACAAAAAAAACUGUAUCUGAACUCUAUAUGACGUUAUAUGCACCCCAAGAAAUUCAAAAUACUAAUAUAGAAUAUAAUUCAUCAGAUGAAGAUCUUGUUUCACAUAUUUCCAAAUGGCGCUGUAUUGAAUCUAUAAGUGAAUUUGAUCGUUAUCUUAAUGCUGAUCAAGCACAAGCUCUCGCAGCUGACAUAAUAACAUAUGAUAGAGCAAGUCUUGCACCUGAAACUGUGCGUGCAGUCAUGUUUAGUUAUUUGGAUGGAGAAGAAUUGGAUACUCAGGAAAACUUUGGAUGA